CCGCAACACUAAUUGCCCUCCCCGCAUAACUUCGAUCCAAAAAUGAAUCUCUCUAUACUCCGAUCGACAUUUCAAACCAUAAAACCCUCGGCUUUUCGACACCCGAAAGCCCUGCAAAAUGCGUCUGCACAGACAAUAACAAAACCGCCGAGUUCAGGAGGAAGGAUAGCGCCAUUUUCUUCAACACCAAAGUUGGAGAAGAGGAAGAAGGGAGGGAAGAAUGCUACUGAUCCUCGGAUAACACAAAUCCGCUACCACCUCUUCCACCCCCUAACCCCGCGCCCGCUACGCUUCUCCCGCCUCCGCUUCCUCCGCCACUGGACCAUCCAUCGCGCCUGGCUCCUCUACCUCCGAAAAACACGCCGUGCGCAGGAACUCGAACUCGAACGACAGUACAUGUCGAUGCGGGCAGCAUGCGAGGCUCUCCGACUGCUCGAUGAAUCCGGAAACACAGUGACGGCGGAGGAAGCUGGUGGUAAGGGCGCGGAAACGGGACGGUUGGGACCAAGAGGGAAGGAGGUUGGGAGGUUGUAUCGUGCAGCAAUGGUUAAGCGGUUUGGGCUUGGGGGAGGAGGGGAUGGACGACCAGAGGGGGUAUUGAGGGGCGUAGAGGGUCAGGGUGAGGGGGGAAAGUGGGGCGUGCCGAUUGAGUAUGCAAGGCUGCAGACGGAUUUUCCGGCGAGGGACGGGUGGAAUUAUGGGUGGACAAGGUGA